CGUCAGAGGGCGCGCUCCCGCUGGGGCGCUGCAGCUGUUUCGGGCUCACUCACUUCCGGGGUUUCCCCAGUCCAGCCUCGUCGGGGUCGCGCUGCGGAGCAGGUAGCUGUGUAGUUUUUGCCAGAGGCUCUCCUUGUCCCCUGGUCCUGCCAAGGCUCUCCAUCUGCCCUCAGCAGAUCAGCAAGGUCGUGCUUGUGCUCCAGUGAGUGCCCAGGUGAACAUGUGAUUCCAGAGAUAGGCAAAAGCAGAGAUAAGACAUGCAUUCCAACCACACAGCUGAGAAUGGAUGCCAGUCUCAGGAAGUUACUCAGUUGAUCAAGAAGCACCUGGUGAACUCCAUCAAGGCCCUGCAGAAACAUUACGUGACCUCUGAUGCUCUUGUCACCAGUGAUGACGGGGACGCCAACACCCUCUGCUGUGCACUAGAGGCAGUGUUUGUGCAUGGUUUGAAGGCCAAGCACAUCAAAGCUGGAAGUGGAACCAAAGGGAGGAAACAUGGGGGUCGCCUGCCCCUUCCCCAGCCAGUAUUCUGGGCCCUCCUAAAAUCCGUCACACACAGAAACAUCAUUUCUGAACUGGAACACUUGGACUUCAUCAACACAGAUGUGGGCCGCUGCCGUGCGUGGCUCAGAUUGGCCCUAAAUGAUGGCCUGAUGGAGUGCUACCUAAAACUCUUGCUCCAUGAAAAGGCCCACCUCUAUGAGUAUUACCAUUCACCAGCUCUGCUUCUGGACAUGGAGGAGGUUGAGUUCCUCCUCACUUACCUGCAGGGCUUGUCCUCCCUGGCUUUUGACCUCUCUUACAAGUCUGCAAUUCUGAAUGAAUGGACCAUCACGCCAUUAUCCUUGUCGGGCCUUUGCCCGGCCUCAGAACUGCCAGAGCCUCUUGUGGGCUUGACAGUCCGGAGGAAGGAAUCCCUGGGCUCUCUCUCCCAAUCUUCGGGCUCCGAUGAAGUCGAAGCACACUCAGCCAUCUUGCCUGUCACUAAAAGCCGACAAGGGAACAGACUUACAGCAUCCAACUUAAGCAUCAGCACGACAAGCUCGUCACAGCUCUCUUCCAGCCUGGGCUCUGACAGUCUUCUACCUGGGACAUCUACCUGUACUCAAAGCGUUGAUAGAUGUGGGGAGCCCAAGGCAGAUGACUCUGAACAUGUUGUAGCAACAAGAAAAGACCUGGACCAGUCCCUUGAAAAGGUGUUAGCGGAAUUCAACAAAGCCCAGAGAGAGUCAGAAUCCACAGGAGUGAAGGAAAUUCACCCUUUACCUGAACCUUGCCCACUAGAGCACCGUUGUACUCGUGUCACCCGUUCUUGCACUGCACAGCUUCCUCGAAAUGAAACCGCCGAAUGCCUUGCUGACAUCAAACUGCCUCUUCCAACAACAAUUUCUCAGCUUCCAAGUCGGAUUAGCCCGCAUAAAACUAUAGAACCAGUGGUUGAUAACAAGACUGAUCAGCCAAUGUUAGCACCCUUCAGUGAAACAGACACAUCCCAGACUCAUCCAACUGCCAUGAGAGGAGCUAAAGAUGAGAACAGCCACACUAAUGACCUAGAGGGAAGCCACCCAGGGACAGGAAAACUCCUCUCACCAACAGCCUCUUUGAAAACAAACUGGAUUACUGAAGAUGAUUUUUACCUUCCUUCUCCUCCUCCUGUGGAGACGUUAAAAAACGUCUCCGGUUCACGUAGUCCCUCACCAGAAAGCAUAGCUGAUGGCCAACCACUGAUACCAAGUAGUGCCCUGGAUCGGGAUGAGGCUCCUGUGUCUUCAUCAGACAUCAGCAAAUCAAAGUUAUCCCCUGAGAAAGAAUCCAAGGGAUUUAGUGUUGUUCACCGGAGGCAAAUAGGUCUUUCCAAUCCAUUUCGCGGCCUCCUAAAAUUGGGGACCUUGCAGCGCCGAGGAGGCAUGGGCAUCUGGAAGGAGUUCUUCUGUGAGCUCUCGCCCUUGGAGCUGCGCCUCUAUGUGGACAAUGAGGAGCGUGUGUGCGUGGAGAACUGUUCCCUCCUGAGGUGCGAGUCCCUGGGGCAGGCACAGAGCGAUGGCCGCUUCGAUCUGGUCUUCUCGGGCAGACGGCUGUGCCUUCGGGCAGGGUCCCAGGAUGAGGCUGAUGACUGGCUAGACCGACUGCAUGAAGCCCUCCAGAAGUGUCGGCCUCAGCAGGACGAGGAUUGGGAGACUCUUGAGUGCCCCGAGGUGAUCGAAGAUCAGGCCACAAAUGCCGAGGGACUGCCUGACAACCCAUCCGCCCUCCUGCAGUACAGUGGGACGGGGCAAAAUGGGCUUGAGUGGGUGUGUCCCUUGACACCUGAGCUGGAUGCAGUCAAAGAGACCGUCCUGUACUUGGAUACCGAAAGGACAUGGACCCCUUUUGUGUUCUCCUUGUCCUUGGAAACCUUGAAGUGCUUUAGAGCCCGACAUGGUGAAAAGACUCUGAGUAAUAGCUAUGGAGUAGAGACCAUCCAGGACAUCCUGCCAGAUGUGAGCCUGGGGGGCCCCUCCUUCUUCAAGAUCAUCACCUCGAAAGCAGUGCUGAAGCUGAGAGCAGAGAAUGCUGAGGAGGCGGCUGACUGGAGAGACCUGGUCCGUCGGGUGCUGAUGUCCUACCUGGAAACAGCCGAGGAGGCCCUGACUCUUGGAGGCAACUUGGAUGGGAACUCGCAAGUGAUCUUGAAGAGCACUGUCAAGGAGAAUGGAUUCCUCCUGCAGUACCUGGUGGCCAUCCCAACAGAGAAGGGACUGGAUUGCCAGAGCUUUAUCUGUGCAGGUUGCUCCAGGCAAAUUGGCUUUUCCUUCCCAAGGCCCAAGCUGUGCUCAUUCACAGGCCUGUAUUACUGUGACAACUGCCAUCAGGAUGACGAGUCGGUAAUCCCGUCACGACUGAUUCAUAACUGGGACCUUGCAAGACGUCCGGUCUGUCGUCAAGCUAUCAAGUUCCUGAACCAAAUUCGCAGCCAGCCUUUGAUCGACUUGAAGUUGGUGAAUGAGACCCUCUAUGACCAUGUGGACCACAUGAGCCAUGUCUACCGGAGACGGGAGCAGCUGAAACUCCUUGGGGACUACCUUGUCCUUUGCCGCAGCGGGGCCCUGAAGGAGAUCACAAAAAGACUGGAUCACCGGCACUAUCUCCUGGAAUGUCCCCAUAAAUACAGUGUGGCUGACCUGAGGCAGAUUGCAGAUGGUAUAUUUGAGACAUUCCUCCAGUCUCUGAUUCAGUUUGCCUCCCACCAUGUCUACAACUGUGACCUUUGCACUCAGAGGGGUUUCAUCUGCCAGAUCUGCAACAGCAACGACAUCAUCUUCCCCUUCGAAUUUGACACAACUACUAGAUGUAGUGAAUGCAAAACCGUCUUCCACAGCAACUGCAAAAUUAGUGCUAAUUUUUGCCCUCGCUGCAUUCGCCGGCAAAAAUAUCAGCAGAACCUGCAAGACCCCCUUUGGAAAUGACUUUCCCAUGGGGACAACACUCCUUGAAUUGGGGUGGAACCUGGUCACGGAGCAACCUGGGAAAAGUGACAACAGGCCAUGCUCUGAGGCUAAGGAGGAUCUUCUUGUAGCCACUCAUCUAACACAGCAGCGAUAACACAUCUCACUGACUCUGGGAACCACCGCUAUUGAGAAGGGGCCCAACAAGGUCAAGUCAGAAGAAGGAAGGAGACUCCAUUGUUCUUCUCUGUUGCCUCCUGGAGCCAUUUUCUCUCCCACGAGCUUCACUGUCACCCGCUUUUCUAAGGAAGCACAUUCUUGUAUUGUGUGUAACUGUUGCUGGAUAUGUAUCACACAAGGACUCCCCGAAGUUUUAGUGAGCAUGUCCUGAUUUAAGACACAGGAAGAGUGAGUGGAUUUUAUUUGGUUUUUUUAAAAAAAUAAACAUUUUAAUGCACUUUGUAGCAGAGUUCUUGUGCCUUCUGCACUUUACAGGCUCCCCCUGAAAUGCCACGUGCCAAACAGCUGCUGAAUCUUCCAGGAACACAUUCCGCCCUCCUGCCCCUCGGUCUUUUCCUUAACGCAAAGUGACCUUCGUAGAAAUUACAAACCACUCGUCGUCAUCCUUUUUUUAACGCUAAUUCAAUGGAUUCCAGAGAUAAUUUUUUUAUUUUCCUUUUAAUCUUCUAUGCAGAUAAUUAAAGUUUAUUUAAUAAAGAA